AUGCCUCCAAAAACUCGUGGGUCUGCCGCGAAGCAACGAUGGUACAUUUUUUUCAAAAAAGCGGUUCGUUUCAAAAUCUAAACCCAAUUUCAAUUUAUUUGAUUUCAGUCUUCUCGAAAUCCUGAACCCCCGCCGCAUGACUUACUGGAUGUCAGUCAUCAGAAUGGUGAGCCACUACCAAGGAAGCCACCGACGAAGUCAAUCAAUGUGCGCACUUACUAGAGUGAGUUUUUUGCUCCCUGGAGGUUUUCAAUUAUACAUAUAUGUUGCUGUACAGUUUUUGUUUUUGCUGCGGGACUCUCCAAAGAGCUUUUUCAGAAAUUCUCAAAUUUGGCUCAUUUUUGUACUGUCAGAGAGUCCUGCAGCAAAGACUUAAAGCGGAAUCUUUCUCCGCGUGAAAAACUCUGGAGACUGCUCACACAUCCCCCUGUGAGAAAUUGAAAAUUUUAAAUAAAAAAAUUGAAACCUGUAGUGUAUCAUUUUUUAUUUACAGGGAUCAAAAAAGAGGACAAGUCCAAAAUGAGCCAGGAGGCCAUGCGCUUUUGGAAUCAAGGAAACUGCUCAAAAAUUCUACCUCAACAAUCUAA